AUGACCUCUGUAGCCAGGCCGCAACAGGCACCAUCCAAUGCGACAUUCAAGGAUAAAGAAAAGCCACAAGAGGUGCGCAGGGCCAAUAUAUUAGCAGCAAGAGCGGUCUCCGAUGCGAUUAGAACCUCGUUGGGUCCGAAAGGAAUGGACAAGAUGAUCAGGACAAACAAAGGUGAAAUUAUCAUCUCCAACGACGGUGCAACUAUUUUGAAACACAUGGCAGUAUUGCACCCUGCAGCCAAAAUGCUUGUAGACGUUAGUCAUGCGCAAGAUGUGGAAGCUGGUGAUGGAACUACAACUGUUGCCAUUUUAACUGGUGCCUUAUUAGGAGCUGCUGAGAGGCUAUUGAACAAGGGAAUCCAUCCUACAUUGAUUGCCGAGUCUUUCCAAAGAGCAGCUCAGCGUAGUGUUGAAAUACUUUUGGACAUGGCCUCCAAAAUCAAGUUGGACGAUAGAGAAAUCUUGAUUAAGGCUGCUUCCACUUCAUUGAGUUCCAAGAUUGUGUCCCAAUUUUCACUGUUAUUGGCUCCAUUAGCGGUUGACUCUGUAUUAAAAGUGAUCAACGACGAGCAAAACAAUGUUGAUUUGAACGAUAUUCGUUUGGUGAAGAAAUUGGGAGGUACGAUCGAUGACACUGAGUUGAUAAAUGGUGUUGUUUUGACACAAAAUGUUGUGAAAAAUGCCGGUGGGCCCACGAGGAUAGAAAAGGCCAAGAUUGGGUUAAUCCAGUUCCAAUUGUCACCACCAAAGCCAGAUAUGGAGAACAAUGUUGUUGUGAACGACUACAGGCAAAUGGACAAAAUUUUAAAAGAAGAAAGAGCAUACUUGUUAAACAUAUGUAAAAAGAUUAAAAAGGCCAAAUGUAACGUUUUGUUGAUACAGAAGUCCAUUUUGAGGGACGCUGUCAACGAUUUGGCAUUGCACUUUUUAUCAAAGUUAAAUAUCAUGGUGAUCAAAGAUAUUGAAAGAGAUGAAGUUGAGUUCUUGUCCAAAGCCGUUGGAUGCAAGCCAAUUGCUGACAUUGACAACUUUACCGAGGACAGGCUAGGCUCUGCUGAUUUGGUUGAGGAAAUUGAAAGCUCCAGCUCCAAGAUUGUCCAAAUCACGGGAAUCACAUCGAAAAACACCCAGCCAACUGUAUCUAUUGUUGUCAGAGGUGCAAACAACUUAAUUGUUGAUGAAACUGAGAGAUCGUUACACGAUGCUUUGUGUGUUGUUAGAUGCUUGGUCAAGGAAAAAGCGUUGAUUGCAGGAGGUGGUGCGCCAGAAAUUGAAGUUUCCAGGCAAUUGAUGAAGGAGUCAAAUAAAUUGUUUGGCGUGGAGCAAUUUGUUUAUCAAGAAUUUGCUCUUGCUUUGGAGGUGAUACCCACAACCUUGGCAGAAAAUGCUGGUUUGAAUCCUAUCAAUGUUGUCACUGAUUUGAGAAAUAGACAUGAAAACGGAGAAAAGAAUGCUGGUAUAUCCGUUAGGAGGUCAGGCGCGUCAAAUACGUUUGACGAACAUGUUUUACAACCAGUGUUGGUAAGUACCAGUGCUAUUGUUUUGGCCUCAGAGUGUGUCAAGUCUAUUUUGAGAAUUGAUGAUAUUCAAUUUAGCCGUUAA